CAAGCACUUUUCGAGAGAAGAACUCUUUUGUGUUAGAGUUGCCAAGGGACGAUGUAAACAUAUGGAGGUCGUUUGAUUGCUUUAUCUCGGAAAGACAUAUUAUUUUGCAACGGUAGCUUUUAAAUAUUUAUUGUGAUUAAACCUUAGUGAUGAGUACCAUGAUUGACAGAGGAGCUACAAUAGCUGCAGCUGUAGAAGUAGAGAAAUACUCCAAGCAAGGGACAGAACUCUUACAAAGUGGUCAUUUAACAAGUGCAGUCAAAGCCUUUAAAUAUGCCUACAGGUAUGCAGGAGAUCUGGAUGAUGAGUACAUGGAAAGAGCAUGUGCAUUUAAUCUUGGUGCUGCUUAUAUUGCCAUGGGUCAGGGAGAGAAAGGAUUGAAUGUCCUCCAACAGGCUGUUCCCUCAGAAGACAGAAGAGAUGGAAGAUCUAAUGGCGAUUUGUUCUUUAAUUUAGGUCUUGGAUAUGAGACGACAAAAAAUAUCCAGGAAUCAAUCCGUUAUUUUAACAAAGCUUUAGAAGAGUACCGUUAUGAGAGGGACAACCUAGCCAUGGAGAUUGAAACCUUGAACAAACUGGCUAUUUUAUGUACUACAGUACAGAAUCAUCAUUUAAUGAAUCUCUACCACCAGUUAGCUGAGGCAUAUGCCAUGCAGGGCAAUGUUGAGAAACAGAUGUGGGCUCUGUGUGAGAAGGCUAAUUCCUACAACAGUUUUGGUGAUCCUCAGAAGGCUGAGUACGCUGCUGAUGAAUGUUUAAAACUAUCUGAUAAAUGUCAAAAUACAGUGGAGUCAGGAAGCAUAUUUAAUGACCUUGGUCUUCUGUAUACCCAGCUACAGAAAUAUGGUAUGGCUGUCAAAUGUUUUGAAGGAGCAUUGCCAUUGGCUCAGAGUAGUGAUGAUAAAAAGAGAGAGGCUGUGAUUCGUCAAAACUUAGGUGCUGCCUAUAACUUUGUUGGAGAAUACCAGAGAGCUAUUAGCUUUCAUAAAUCAGCUGCAGAUAUGUAUGCUCGUUUACAAAACCGUAAUUCCCAGGGCCAAUGCUAUGCCAAUUUAGCCUAUGCGUACAGUCAGCUUGGUGAUCUGAUGAAAGCCAAACAAGCCUUUGAUCAUGCACUCUUAGCAGCUGAAGAUACAGAUGACAAUCGUACAACUUGGCAAGUUUCGGAAGGACUUGGAUCUGUUGCUUUUAAUGAGAGAAAAUUUGAAGAAGCAAUAGAAUUCUUUAAGAAAGCCCUGGGUGUGUUAGCUGCUAGGGAGAGUAAUAUCACAGCACAGAACAGAAUUGUAGAGAAACUGAAACAGGCCUUAGAGGCUCAAAUUAAAGACAAUGAAAGACCAUAUGCUCACAUUAGAAAAGAGGAUGUGAACCCACUCAAAUCUGGAUAUAAGAAGAUUAUAGCUGAAAAACCCACCAGACCCACCUCUGCUAAAGCAGUUGCUGUAGGAGGCCCUGUGACAGAUGAAGUACCCAGGAGAUUUGUUCGUGUUAAUAAGAUGGGUACGUCAAAGAGAUUCAGUAAAGUAGCGAGAGGGCUGUCUGACAUGAUGGAGCCGUUUGAAAUGACACCUAGAUCUGGUAGUGGACUACAAGGGGAGACAAUGAUGCCCGUCCAGUCUGAGUCAGAAGAUUCAUCAGAGGAGGAAACAGAUAGUCAAAGUGAACAAGAUAAAAAAAAGAAACUAGACAAAAGAACUAGUAAAGUUGUAUUUCAGUCAAGAACUGAUGCAUCCAAGCAGUUUGCUUCUCAGCAGUCUGAGAAUAGGGAAACAGCAUCAAACAGAUCUAUACAUGGAUCUGAAUCAGACGACAGUUUGGAAGAGGAAGAGACAGAAAGUACUUCUGAAGAAUCAGAAGAAGAUAGAGAUAAAAAGGCUGUGCUGGAACAGAUGGGAAAAAUUAAUAAAAGUGAAGAUGACAGUUCUGAAUCAGAAGAGGAUAAAGAUAAAGGAAAUGAAAAGAUGGACAAAAGACACAAAGAAGACAGAAGAAAACAGCCUGUAGAAGUAGAAGCUAAAGUACAGAAUGGAGAUGAAAGCUCUAGUGAAACAGGAUCGUCAUCAUCUGGCUCUGAGUCAGGAAGUUCAAGUACAGAUAGUGAAUCUAAUGAUGAACCACCUCCAGUUCCAUCAGGUUCUCUGCCCAAAUCUGGAGAAAUUAAAACCUACGAACAGCCGUGGGGAAGAGCAGACUCCAAAAAGAAAAUGAAUUACGCAGAUAUUAACUUUGAUGGAGGACCUGAGAGAGGUGAGAAUAACAAAUCCAAAAAACAUCCCAACUAUCUAGAAAACGAAGAUUCUGAGAGUUUGAGGGUCAAUAUGGGAACCCGAGCUAGUGGACAGUAUGAGAAUGAGGGAGAAGACGAGGAUGAUCCACUCUAUCAAACCAUACCAUCAAGAUCACUCACAGAUGAUAACCAAUUCCACGCUAAAAAACCAAACUUUACUGAUUUCUCCAGUCUACCAAGGGGAGAGAAUUUUGUUGAAGACUUAUCUGAACGAGAAAAAUUAAUGUAUGAGAAACACAGACAUGAUCAGAUAGAUCGCCACCAAGGUCCGCCCCUUCCUGAAAGAGGAGACAGAGGGGAAAAAGAUUCUAAAACAUGUUCUGUGAUGUAAUGUGAUUUUCUACCAUUAUAUAUGGUCAUGUGAUAAGACAAUUAUUUAGUCAAAUUAUUUUACAUUUAUUUUCCGUCCAUUCUAGACAAGAAAUAAGAUUUUAGUUCUAUAAACUAUGUUGUGAUUAAGUGUUUAAGUUAUUCUUCCGUCCUUUGACCUUUACAUUCAUUAAAAACUAUUGUUUUUAAAAUGUUAUUUGGUGGAAAUAUUGUUUUGUUAGAACUUUCAUUAUGUUUCAUUUAGUUUUAUCUGGAAAAGCAACUAAUUAAUUUCGCCCAUUUCAUCAAAUAUUAAAGCUAUAACCAAAAUAUGACAAAAUGUCUUAACAUACGCAAGUGUGGUAAUUGGUGUGUUUGAUAAGUCUGUGCAUUUUGCUUACAUGCUGAUGUUUGUGCAGAACAAUUACCAGAAAGCCUUAUAAGUUUAAUGCUUUUUUUAAAUUUAUAUAUUUGAGUACAUUUGUAUGCUGCUUCAUUUAAAUGAUCCUCUUUAUGACCCUCUGUUCCGCGAUCCUCUUCAUGACCCCCUGUUCCGAACUUAUGCAAUUCACCAUGUAGAUAAUAACAGCUUGUGACAUUCUGAUACAUUUGUAUUAGGUUCAAACUGUUAAAUAAGCUAUCAAUUGUACAUAUAUAUAGGAAGAUGUGGUGUGAGUGCCAAUGAGACAACUCUCCAUCCAAAUAACAAUUUAAAAAUUAAACCAUUAUAGGUUAAAGUACGGCCUUCAAGUUCAUUUAGUUGCAAGUGACAUAUUUAAACUUCUGAAUGGUAAUAGAAGGCUUGCAUUUUAUACAAGAAUUGAAGUUGAUAUUGCACUUCAGUAUACUAUCCUUGCAGUCAUUAAAAUAAUGAGCAAUAUUAUAUUACCCAGACUUGGAAAUCAACCAAUCAAAGUUCUUUAUUUUGUGUUAAUUCCAGCACAAAUUGUGAACUCUGCGCGGUAACAGAGAUCUUUUUUUAUGACCGAGGGUCCUUCACCAUAAAAUCUUAAUCCCCUGUGUAAGGCAUACACCAUUCAUAUUUUAUGGAGGUGUGGAGAGGCAUGAGUGUUUUAUUUUUGGGGACAAACAAUGUUUGAGGACUAUGAUUAUCAUUCUGUUUUUAAACAAUUACAUGCAGGAACAAGAAAUUUCAUUUGAAACUUCAUGUUGAAUUUAUUUUUUUCGAAAUUUUAAAUGGAAACAUUUUAAACUUCUUUUCUGAAACAACUUAUUAUUUAUAAAUGGUUAGCCUCAAUAUUGAAUGGUAUGUAACAAUUUGUUCUAUCAAAUAUAGUUUGUGAUAUUAUUUCUUAUCUGUCAAAACUACUUAUUAUUGUGAUUGUCAGAAAAUUGACGCAAUGAAUCAUUGUGAUCUUAUAAAAUUCUACAUACAAAUAAUGCUAUCAAAAUAAAAUGCAUAUGAUAAUUGUACAA